AUGGCACAACCUGGAACACUUGCAUUUGAUACAGCUGCAGUGAUAUACAUCAAAGCCCUCCGAAGGAAGAACAUAACUAUUCGCUGCAAUAAAUGGAGAGCUGACCCUGGUCUUAAUCAUGAUAAUCACGAUUUUCAGGGGCACAUUGCAACCGGCGGAUUCGGUGUUGUUUUAAAGGUCACUAAUUCAGAAACGAAAAAGCCCUAUGCCUUGAAGCUCCAGUGGAACCUCGACAAAUUCGAAUUGGAGCUUCCAGAGGGUGCUUUUGUACCACCUCUCACGCCCAGCAGCGAAGCUACCAAGAGCUCUUCUCAAUCGGUCGAAAGACUCAGUCUCCGUGCUAAGCGGGAUUCCGAAACGAGAAUGUAUCUCCGUUUCAUCAGAGGUGGACAUCCGCACAUAUGCAAUCUCGAAGCAUUCGUUCAAUACGUACCUGAAUACGGGUAUGAUAAACCGGUCUUGGGACUCUAUUUCGAGUACUGCGAUGCGGGCAGCUUAACGAGCUUGGCGAAAGCAUUUCGCACUCAUCGUGUUAAACCACCUGAGUUAUUGAUCUGGCAGAUCUUUUAUGAAUUGGUUAGCGCGGUUGCGUUUCUGCAUAAUGAACAUCCGGAUUAUAAUAUGAAGAGUGAACACAAGGGACGCGAUGUGAUUUUUCAGAAUGAUAUGCAAUCCGGGAAUGUUUUUCUGCAAUGGGGAUCCGAUCGCGAAAACGGAUAUCCGCACGUGAAGAUUGGGGAUUUUGGGGUCGCGUUUACGGAGCCUCCGGGGGGUCAUGUUCCCAAUCUCGAGGAAUAUGAUGAGCCGGAUCCCGAAGAUGACGAGUGGGAACCGCAUGAUAGGAAAAAGAAGGGCGAGGUUUGGUGGUUGACUGCCGUGGUGUAUGAGUUAGCGCGUACUGGCGUGAUUCUUGGGACUUUGGAUAAGGACAGGGGGAAAUUGCUGGAUGUGCAUCCGAUUGAGAGUUAUUUGAGUCAGGAUCUGGAUGAAAUGCUUAGAGGAACUCUAACAGCUGGAGUCGACGAAAGACCUUUCUCUGGAGAACUUUAUCUCAAGCUUAAAGGGGCUUAUGAAGAUCGGGUAGGCUUGAUGUAUAGGAAAUUACCCGAUUGGGCGGGAGAAGAGGUUUUGCAGCAUACGUUUGAUGAAAACCGGAUGAGAAAUCUGGAUGAAGGCGCACUCGAGGUUGAAAUGGUGGAGAAGGAAACUGCAGAUGCCAUCAAGAAAAUUGAAGACGAUAUGAUGGAAGCAUGGAUAGAGGCCCACGAUACUGAUGAGCUAGAGAAGCUUGAUGAGGAGGGAGUUGUGGAAGAGAUGACGAUUCAGUUCCAUGAGCAAGCGGUGCGAGAAGUAGAAGAGAGGCGGUUCAAAGCUUUGGCUGAAGUUGGGGCUUGA